AUGGGGGGGGGGACCCGCCAGCCAGCCGGGCCCGCAAGCGGGUCGGAAGUGCAGUCGGGGAGGAGCCGCGAGCAGGGGCUCGACCGGCUAGGACCGAUAGGGGCACGUGGUCCCCUGUUCCAUAUCUGGCUAGGCUCGGUCCCGUUUCUUCUGGCCUCUGUCGCAGCCACAACAAGAGAGAGCCUGUCGGAGUUACUGGGUGGUCGGAUGUUGGAGCAGCUACAGUGGGUCAGGCAGACGAGAUGGGAACGUUCUUGGAGAUGCUGCAAGAGAAGGCGGAGAGGGGAGAGGAGAUGAAUGUCGGGGUGGUGCUCACAAGGCUUACUAACAACGUCAUCUGCGGGAUGACUAUGGGAAGGAGGUGUUCUGGAACGGACGGCAAGGUCUAGAAAAUGAAGAGAAUGGUGGAGGAGACAGUGGCGAUCAUAAGCACGCCCAACGUGGCCGACUACGUAGGAAUCCGUGAGAAGCUCGACUUGCAACAUCUCAAAACAAGGUACGUAGACGUGCGUCGCAGAUUCGACAGUCUAAUGGAGUGAAUCCUCAAUGAGGAAGCCCUAAGGACAAAGGAAUCCGGCAAGACGGUGGCCGGCGGCGUUGUCCGAGGUUUCCUUCGCGUACUACACGACAUAUCGGAAGACCAGGGUGCGGAAAUGAUGUUUACGGGAGACAACUUCAGGAGCUUCAUUGAUGUAACUUCGACGACUCCGCCCUCACCAUCUUCUUCUGCUUUCCAUCGACAUUCUACGGUCCUCCUUGCAACUGGGUUUCACGUUCCACUUUCUUUGGCGGUCCUCUCUACAGAGGACCUCUUCAUGGCCGGCUCAGACACGACAUCCACCACAAUGGAACGGGCCUUGGCAGAGCUGAUAAACAAACCGGGAAUCCAACAGGAUGCAAGGCGAGCGAUCGACUCGGUGGUCGGGGAAUCCAGGCUGGUGGAGGAGUCCGACAUUCAAAACCUGCCCUUUCUCCAGGCGAUCGUCAAAGAGACGCUCAGACUCCACCCCGCCGUUCCAAUCCUCCCGCGCCAAUCAAAUGCGCCAUGCAAAUUUAGGGGCUACAACAUCCCGGCGGACAAGGGGAUCGUAAUGUUUGGGCGAUCGGCAGAGACCCGACCCAGUGGAGGAACCCGCUGGAGUUCCGGCCGGAAAGGUUCACGCCGAAAGGGCGGAGUUUCGGUAUUGAUGUCAGAGACCAGCACUACCACUUGUUGCCCUUUGGCAGCGGCAGGAGGAGGUGCCCGGGUUUAUCCUUGGUGUUGCAGUUGAUUCACACAACCCUGGCGAACGUGAUACACUGCUUCAACCUGAGUGUCGAGGGAGGGUUGGUGGACAUGACGGAGGGGCAUGGUGCGACCUUUUCUAAGGCUCACCCGCUGGUUUGUACACCCAAGGCCGGGUUAAAUUCUGUCCUUUCAACACCGAUCAUAAUCAAGCAGUUGAUUCCUUUUAGUGUGAUCAUUACUAAGCGUUGA